CACUCGACGGUACACGCACUGCGGAGCCCUGCAGACCGACUCUCAGUCAGUGCCGCCAGAACAGAUGUCAACAGUAGAGAAAGUGUUCAAGUGCAGUGACCAGCGAUUUCGUAUUUUUCGUUGACUUGUGCUUGUGUUUCCAAGUAACUCGUGGUCGUUCGAGUUGCACACUCGCCGACUCGACUUGUCUUCAGCGUUCGACGAACGACGACGCCGCCGACUCGACAUGCUCGUCGAAGAGAUGCCACGAAGCUUCGUGAAGAAGAACAACAGCUACAGUCACUGCCCGCUUAAGAAGCGGCCAGUGAACGUGGAGCCUGUGGAGGAGGUGCCGGCCAAAACGGAGAUCAAAGAGGAGCUGAUCGAAGUGGUGGACGACAUCCCCGAGCCGGAGAACCUGAGCACCAAGCCCGAGGACUUGAGCCGCUCGGCGGCCCCGGCGAAGCGCUCGCGCUCGCCGUCGCCGCCGCCGGUGACUGCGGCGCACUGCCCGGUGAUGCUCAAGCGCUCGGCCUCCCCCGUGGGCACCCGCACGCCGUCGCCGAUCCACCGCCAGCCCUACCAGCCGCACUAUCCCACCAAGGCGAUGACUCCGCCGGCGGCGGUCGCGCCCGUCCACCCGGUAGCCAAGAAGGCCCGCGUCGAGGUGAUCCAGCACGACAACGGCUCGGCGGCGCCGAUGCACUUCAUGGCCAACGGCCCGGUCGAGCCCCUGGCGCACUACGCCAGCCCGGCGGCCUGGGCGCGGGCGCCGCUCUACCCGCCGCACUACCUGCCCUACCCGCCGGCCUACAGAUACCCCGGCGAGCUGUACCCGUCGUACCCAGUGCCCGCGUACCCGCACUCGUCGCCCGAGCACCAGUCUGUGUCGCCGUCGCCUCCGCACGCGUCGCUCACGUGCCCGAGCAUCCAGCGCCCGAUCGCCAGGAGCUACGCCAGCCACUGGGCCGCACCCGACCACUGCGGGCUGUCACCCACCGGCUCGCUUGGCUCGGCCUCGAUGCGCUCGCCGCCGCCCGUUACCCCCGAGGACCUCUCCUCGCCGGGUAGCGACAGCGGCCGCUCGUCCGCGGGCAGCGUGUCCGCCGGCUCGGGCAUCGUCAAGCUGGAGAAGAGCGCGGCCGCUGGCGCCGCCGGCGGGGCCAGCUCGCCGCGCUACCAGUGCCCCGACUGCGCCAAGUCCUACUCCACCUACUCAGGCCUGUCCAAGCACCAGCAGUUCCACUGCGCCGCCGCCGAGGGCCAGGCCAAGAAGACCUUCACCUGCAAGUACUGCGAGAAGGUCUACCUGACGCUGGGCGCCCUCAAGAUGCACAUCAGGACGCACACGCUGCCCUGCAAGUGCCACCUCUGCGGCAAGGCCUUCUCCAGGCCGUGGCUGCUGCAGGGCCACAUCCGCACGCACACCGGCGAGAAGCCCUUCAGCUGCCAGCACUGCAACCGCGCGUUCGCCGACCGGAGCAACCUGCGCGCCCACCUGCAGACCCAUAGCGACGUGAAGAAGUACUCGUGCUCGUCGUGCAGCAAGACCUUCAGCAGGAUGUCGCUGCUCACCAAGCACCAGGAGGGCGGCUGCCCGGGCGUCGCCGUGCCCAUCGGCUACGCCUGCUAGACUGCCUGCCGUUCAGUGCAGUGAACGCGGACGGAACACUGUGCCUUAAUCUCGCAGCAGAGUACAAAAGAACGAGACUUUUUUGCGCUGUGCAUACCCCGGAUGCUUGUACUUACGCGCCGCGGAACCGUGAAGCCUUCGUGCCAUUCCCCCUCGAGUUUUAAAAAUUGCGAGAUUUGCCAUUUUCUCCCUUGUCCUCCGCCGCUUCUUUCGGCGCCCCCUUCCCUUCUCUCCCGUUCGAGUUUUUCCAGUUUUUCCAGUUUCGCCUUUUCGCCUCCCGUUUCGCCUCUCCCGCCUCUAGUUAUUUAGACCGCCUGUGUAGUGAACUGUACGCCGCGCGCACCAAAGUGCCAUUCGCGCAUCGCACCAUAACAUGUAUUUAUUGGUUGAGAAAUUGCAUAUAUGUAAAUAAUCAUCGUCGUUGUUAAGCAAAAUGCAAACAAAAUAUCACGAUGCGAAGCCAACACUGAGACAUUUGUAAAACUCUUCGCAGCCAUUCCUUCAUUACUUUUCUUGCGCAUACCUUAGAUUAUGAAUUUCGAUCGAUACUAGUCAUUGUAUUAUAAUAUUUAAUGGGCGUACCCAAGUUUUUCAGAAAGCACAGAUAUAUUUAUAUUACUUCUGAGUCGCUGCUCAUUGUUGCGUGCAACUCGGGACGAGUACCACUAUUUCUAGACCUGUAUAGAAAGUAAACUAUUGCGAGAUAAAGUUUA